AUGUCCAGUCUCGUCACAGAGCCCAUCGUCGCUGACGAGAACACCGCGUUCUCGCCCAUCCGACUCGCAGAGUCUGCCCCGCUCCUUCCCUCCACCCCAAAGAAGCCCUUCUACCGCCCGAGACCACUCUGGCUCGUUCCUUUCGCCCUCGUCGCUUCCCUUACUCGCGGAAUGACCCUCGCUUCACGUGUCGAGGUCUUCACCCAGCUCGCGUGCAACUCUCUCCACGGCCACGACCACGAGCUCUACAACCACACCCUCCACACCCACCUCUCCCUCCUCCACCCCAUACACCACUCCCUCGACCCCGCAGGUCCACACCUCAUCCCCCUCCACUACACCGAUAUCGACGACGACCCAGAGAACGACCCACGCACCAUUCCCUCCUCAAAAUGCGUCUCAGACCCCGCAGUACAAGCACGCGCUGCCCGCACACAGACCAUCAUGACAACCACCAUGGGUGCCCUCUCCGCUCUCACCACAGCCUGGUGGGGCAAGUUCGGUGAACGUCACGGCCGCACACGCGUCCUUGCAAUAGCCACAUGCGGUCUCUUCCUCACCGACCUCGCCUUCAUCCUCGUCUCCACUCCCCACUCCCUCCUCUCCUCCCACUCCCACAAGCUCCUCAUCAUCGCACCCAUCCUCGAGGGUCUCUCAGGCGGCACCUCAACUCUCAACGGCGCCCUCACUGCCUACAUCGCAGACUGCACCUCCCCCGGCUCACGCGCCCGCAUCUUCUCCCGCUUCUCCGGCGUCUCCUUCAUCGGCCUCGCCCUCGGUCCCAUCAUCGGCGCCUUCCUCAUCGCCCACCCCCUGCCCCUCUUCGUAACCCCCACAGUCAGAGUAGGCGGCCAUGAGCUCCAGACCGUCACCAGUGUCUUCUGGGUGGCUAUCACCUGUUCCUUUGUCAAUCUCCUUUUGGUCAUGUUUGUCUUUCCCGAGUCGUUACCUGUCGAGCGAAGGACGGCGGGGGCGAAGGCUAGGGCCAGUGCAAAGAGCAAGUCCAAAGGAAAUCUCCCCUCCUCUACCCCAUCCACCACCCCCACCUGGCUCUCCGCCCCCCUCCUCCUCGCCCGCGCCUUCCUCUCCCCCCUCUCCAUCUUCCUCCCCUCUCCCGUCCCGUCCCCAAACCCCUCCUCCCUCACAAACCCACCCAAAGACUGGAGCCUCACCUUCCUCGCCCUCGCCCUCUUCCUCCACCUCCUCUCCUCCGGCGUCUUCCAGAUCAAGUACCUCUAUGCCGAACAUGUGUAUGGCUGGGCGGCUGAGAAGCUGAGUUACUAUAUUUCGUUUAUGGGUGGGGUGAGGGCGCUGAAUUUGUUGAUCGUGCUUCCUUCGUCAGCAUCACGCACUCUACCUCCAACUCAACCCAAGCCCGAUCUACAGCUCGCAGCGAGCACGAGCACAUCCUACGCCGCCACCUCCACGUCGCAAGCAAAGGCAGGCAAUAACGGGCACGAUCAAGGGGUGCUGAACGUUGCGAAGCGAAAACCGACCAAGAACGAUCUCUUGAGAGAAAUGCAAUUCGACCUCUUGCUCAUGCGCUGCUCCAUCUUCCUCGACGUGAUCUCGCACACGCUGGUGGUGCUGGCGCCGUUGCCGCCGGUGUCGUCGCUUGGGGCGCGCAUGCAGGGAGGGGGAGAAGGGCAAGGAGGAGGAGGAGGAGAAGGGACGGGAUUUGCGGUCUCGGAAGCGUUGUUCGUCGGGGCUACUUCCUUGAGCAGUCUUGGCUCUGGGGUGAUGCCGGCCGUACAGAGUCUGGCUCUAUGCACCCUCCAAGCGCGCGCGUUGGUGCACGAUGAGGAGGGAGACGCGGAAGACAUCGAGCCGGGCGCCCUCUUCGGCGCGCUCGCCGUCCUCCAAGCCGUCGGCCAGACCAUCCUAGGGCCCAUCCUCUUCAGCGUCAUCUACGCCUCGACCGUGGCGUGGAUGCCCAAGGCGAUCUUUGCGUGUGCGGCCGGGGUGGUGGUGCUCUCGGUGGCGUUGACGGGCUUGGUGAGGCCUGAGGUGGGGCUUGGCGGGAGGAGUCGGCGAAAGGCGAGGAGGGAGGAGAGGAGGGGGAGGUCGAGGGUGAGCAAGGAUCUGAGAGGGGGUGCGGCUAGCAUGAGCGAAUCUGACUCUGCGGAGAUCCAAGCUCUCUAUACACGCGCUCAUUCCGAGUCGUGAGGGGUCUCGGUACUGCGUACUGAGUGGGCUUGAGGGGGGGAUGGGGUGAGGUGGGUGAUAUAGGCGGUUCAGCAUUCAGCAUUUCGGCAAAAACAAUACAAAAAACAAAAAAAAGGCAUUUAUGGAGAUUUGGCAAUUUGUAUCAGUAGGUUUCGUCGACGCAUUCAUUCACAAGGCUGGUACUCGGGAUGAAAGGUAAAGGUGGGGGUAUGUGUAUGAUCCUUGUUUAUUUUAACGUUAAGAGUUGCAUUAUAUAACCUAGUCGUCGUCGUCUUUAUGCUCUUGCUAGAGCUUUUGCUUGAUAAUAUCAUGGUGUGAUACUGUGAAUCUUG